AUGUUACGACUAUUCAAGCGUGGCAUCAACACACAUGCACUGUCUACAUCACUACAAGCUAAACGAGUGGCUGAUUUGAAAGAGAUUGCAACUGGAUGUGGUGUCUUGACCAGUGGCAACAAGCGUGACCUUGUGCAGCGCCUAACAACCCAUUUUACAUCGCCCACGCCUGCAUCUUCCUCCAUUCUAUCAUUUGACUUGGGAUAUCGCAAUCUCGCUUAUUGUCAUCUGGACGCAAACAAAACCGUGUUGGAUUGGGCACGUGUGGAUUUGGAUCUGCCCUCAUUUCAUCCGUCUGUGGUGGCACCUAUUGUACGACAGUUUAUCAAGGACAGAGUGAUGCAAAGCUUAGAGGUAGCUGAUCGUGUUUUGGUGGAAAAGCAGAGAAACAGAUCGAAUGGGUCUUACAACAUACCGGAAGGUAUCAUCAGAGUGAACUGUGUUGAAGCCAUUCUAUGGAGUGGACUCUACGAAGGCAUUGAUCGCAUCAACCGGCAGGUAAACAUGACACCCGUGCUACGACAAAACAUAAAUCGCGCUUGGAAAGACGAGAUACAGCAGAUGAUAGACGAGGAUCCCCACAGAUUGAGUAAACUGAAAUCACUCUAUUCGCAAAAGAAGUUGGCAGGCGCCUAUUUGGUGCAGCAUUGGCUAGACACAGAUACAGUGAUUACCUGCUCUGAUACACUAAAGGAAAUGUACGCAGCUGAAAAGAAAAAGGACGACCUGAGCGAUUGUCUGGUUCAAGCGCUCACUUGGAUUUAUUAA